CAAAACCUCUGCUGUUAUUUUCCAGUGCAAAACUCUUGCAAGGAUGGAAAAGUAAGGAGACAUUGGCAGCAAACCAUGCAUUUGUGCUUCCUGGUGAGCAAAGGGUGACAAAUGGCUGUGGUGCCGCUGAUCAUAUCCAAGGUCAGCAGCCUGGCUGCCAUCCAGGAGCAGCCCCAUUGUUUGGGGUGGAAAUUUGGGUUGUGCCAAGCAUUGAAGCAGUCUUAGAAAUACAGGAAAAACUUUGCAUGCAGUGUUUUUUGCAGAUUGGGUAAUUAUUUUGGGGGGCAGGGAAGUGCUGUGUUUUUGCAAGCAUGCUUCUGAGCUGAGUUGUAUGGGACUCAGCAGCCCAGUGUUGCAACAUCUGAGCAUGGAGUGCAAUACCCCUUCUCACUAAUCUUGUUAGUUUUGCUGUGGGUGUGGUACAUGUCCCCGGGGAGGUUUGUGGUGGUUUCCAUGGCCUCUCUCAGCCUUCCCAAGGCUGCUGACACCUGCCAGCAUACCGGGUGCUGGGGGAGAUCUUUUGACCCUUUUUAAGGUCUAAAUCUCGCAUAUGGUGAUGUAUUUGUGUCCCUGUAUUGAAACGUGAAGGGAGUGUGAACGAUCUGUGCAGGCAGAAGGACGUAGAGCGUGAGGCAGGAUCAGGCCUGGCUCUUGCCCUCAGCUCACGGUGGCGGCCAUCAUGGUGGCCCGGUUGCCAUGGCGACGGCGGCAGGGAUGGGGAGGCACUGCGAAAUGGCGCCUUGGGGAUGCGUGAGGCCACGGUGGCAGGGUGCAGCCCUCGUCACAGCAACCUGGGCUUAGAUCUCAAUUUAAUUAAUCCCCUCUCCACAGCGGAAUAACCCUCACCAUCACAGGGCAGCUCAAGGGCCUUGGUGAAUCACAGGUGGCGGGCAAUAUAAUACACGCUUUCAAAUAAAGAAUAAGUUAAAAAAGCAAAAAAUGUUCUCUGGCAGGCUCAGACAGGUAGGCUGCAUGACAAACUAUGGUUUCAUACAUGCAGAACAAAUGUCCUGUGAGAAACGAGAGCUGCAGUCUGCACUGACACAGAGCUGUGUUGUGCUGCCAGGCCAGUUGCUUGGAAAAAGGGGAGGAAAAAAAAAAGCAAAAAACAAAACAAACAACAAGGAAAUCAGUAGGGAGUCAGCUGGCUUUGGUUUCACAGGGGUUUCCCUGGCUACUGCAGGGUACAGGGAGGAGCAAAGGGAUGGGUGUGCAGACCCAGGUCCCUUGGCUCUGUAAAUAACUUUACUGCUUUAUUGCAAGAACCAGCAGCAUAUGAGGUGGUGAAGUUGUUCCUGGCUCAGUUGCAUGUGUUGCAGGGGGGAUUACUAAAUGAGUAAUGUAUAUUAUGUUCUGAUUUUUGAGGAUUGCUGGUGAAAAGGUAAUACCAUGAGAGCCUUCCUAAGGAGCUCAGAUGGGUGUUUUCAGCUGAAGCCACAAACAACCACGAUCGGGAGACACGAAGGGUCAGACAUCGUGCUGAAGUCUGCAGGGGUAGAGGAUCAUCACGCGGCCCUCGAGUUCGCAGGCUGGGAGAAUGGCUUUGUCCUGCAGGACCUCAAUUCUCCCCAGGGCACCUUUGUGAACGGCUGCCAGGUGCAAAACGCGGCUGUGCGAGUGAGCCCAGGCGACAUCCUGCACUUCGGGGCACAGGGAGCAUCCUUUGAGCUAGUGGUCGAUGGAGUCCCCCAGACGUCCUAUCCGCCAGUGAAACGUCGCACAGCAUGGGCUGGGCAGCUCCAGGUGGCUGCAAAUCCCCAGCGCUGCUCUGCCGUGUCUCCUGCCCAUCUCCCAUUGCUGCAGUCCCAGCAUCGCCCCAGCACUUGGAGCAGCUGGGCUCCUGCCGUGGCCAGCCCCGUGCCCCAUCCGCCGCUCCAGAAGCGACCCCUGAGCGCCUGGACCAGGAGUGCGACUGCCUCCAGCCCCCCAGAUGCUUUCAGUUGGCGCCCCACAGAGAGGCCAGCCUGGACCACAACCUCAGGCAAUGAUCCAAGUAGUGGGGCAGGAGCCCCUUUCCUGAGGAUUCAUAGCGUGGAUUGCCUUCUGCAGGAAAAGGAUGAAAAGCUGCUGAGACUGGAAAAGGAAAUCAGUCGUCUCUCCGGUUUUGAAGCAGAAUCAAAGCAGAAAGAUACAGUGAUAAGGAGUCUUCAGGACAAAAUUGCAGCGAUGGCCAAGACCAUGGCCCAGGCUGCUGCUAGAAGUGAUGUGGAGCUGACCCAAAAGCUUCUAACAUUUGACAGAGAAAUCAGAGCCAAAACAGAAGAGAUUAAAACCUUAAAGGAACAGAUCAGUGACUUGCAGAAAGAUUCAAGUGAAAUUUUUAGCCAUUCUCUUUAUGAAAGAGACCUGGAAAUUGGAAGCCUGAGAAAAGAAAGCGAGAAGCUAAAGAAGGAUCACGCUUUGACCACAGGUCUAGUGACCAGCCUGCAAAGGGAGAUUGCUGCGAAGGAGCAGAAAAUUCAGCAACUCAAGCAGGACAUGGAGAAAAUAAAGAAGGCAAACAGAGAAAAGGACAACCAGCUGGCAGUUGUGUCUGCCAAGGUUAGCACCCCAGUGACGUGCUCUUGCUCUAGACUUAAAGAGGAAAUGAAGCGUGAACUCGGAGAGAGGGACGUGACUACGUACCAAAAACGCCUUGGAGAGCUGGAGUGUGACCUGAAGGGCUUGCAGGAAGAAGUCCAGAAAUAUCGCAUUGAGCAGGAAACCAUCCAAACCAAGCUGUCUGAGAAAACAAAGGCUGAAGAGGAGCUGAAAAACGCCUGUGAAAGGAAAUCUCUGCAGUUACAGGAGAUGGGGCGCAGGGAGCGCCUGCUGAAAUCUGACGUGGAUCGUGCCAAAGUGCAGCUGGCAUCUUUCAAAACUCAAGUGGUGCAAGUCUGCCUCCCACAAGCAGCAGGAGAGGCAGGGAAGGCCCUCACCAUCCAGCAGGUACUCGAGAAGGUCAGGCAGAUCUGUGAGGAGAACCAACAAAGUCAGGAAAGAGAGAAGCGUCUACAGGAGGAAAUAAGUGCCAGGCUCUCGAAGGAAAAGGAGGUGUCUGAAAAUGUCAAGGUGUUCAAGGAAUCAGUGCGUGAGCUCCAGGCUUUCCUGGGGACCUCGUUCUGCAGCAACAGCUUGAGGAGGGAGCUGUGCAAGUUCGAGGCUGUGCUUGUGGACCCCUUGGUGUUGGACGUGCAGGCAGCUGUGGUGGAAAUUGCUCACGUGGCCCUGUCGUGGCUGGAGGGAGCGGAGCAGCUGCUGGCAAGCGCAGGGUUGGACCUGCCCACCUCUGGCAAAGGAUUGACAGCCUGUUUCAGGAGGUUGUUGGAAAAUAAUCAGGAAACCAUGCAAAGGAAUGAAAUGUUACAGGCCCAAUUAGAGGAAAUCCGGGAGUCACAGGAUGCUUUGCUGCAGGAGCGCCUGAGAGACCAGAAAGUGAAAUACGAGCAAGACCUACAGAUAAAAAUCAAUCAAAUCAUAUUGGAAAAGGAGGAGGAGAAAAAAGAGAUUAUGAAGAGCGCUGCUGCGAAGGAGAAGGACAAGUGUGAGAAAUACAUGGAUGAAGAAAAGAAGAUAGUCCAGGACUUGGAGAGCCGCCUGAGAAGUAUGACUGAGAUAACGGAAACAAAGUCCAAAGAGCAGGAGGUUACAGAUCUCAAACUGAGGGAAGCUGCGCGCAACCUGGAGGAAACCACAGCGCGAGAGAUGAUGUUAAAGCAGCAGGUGCUCAGGCAAGAUGAGCAGCUCAAGAUCAUUCAGGAGGAGAGCGAGGUACUGAAGCAGAAAGUCCAGGAAGAAAUAGCAGGAUAUAAAGAGCAAAUUAAGCAACAUGCUCGGACAAUUGUUGCUUUAGAAGACAGCCUGCUGGAGGCUGAGCAGCAGCAGAAGACGCUUGAGAAGGAAAAUAUCAUGCUUCUGGAAAAAAUAGAAGGACUUCAGGGUGAUGCCUGCAGGGCGACGUUGGGAGCAUCACAGGAGGCCUCUUUCACCGAGGAGUCUCACCAUUGUAUUCUAGAAGAGCUGGCUGCUGCACAGAACAUGCUCCUGGCCAAAGAGGCUGCUAUUGCCAGGUUAACGAAGGAGCUCUCAGAAACCCAAGCCAGGAUGUCGGACAUGAGAGGAGAGCUCAGCGAGAAGCAGAAGGCGGAGCUGGAGUGGAGCCUGGUCCAGGUGAAGAGCCAGGAGCGGGACUUGAACGCGCUGAGGGAGAAGCUGUCGGAGAUGUCCACGCUUGUGGCUAAGAAGGAUCGAGAGCUGAAAGCAGCAGCUGCAGAGUUAAGGCAAGCCCAAGAAGACCGCAAAGCGCUGCAGGAUGCAUCCCGAGAAACGGCACAAGAGCCGGAGACUCUUCUGCAGACGCAGGCACGGGUGACACCUGCCACGGUGGAGGAAGCCUCUGAGACGGAGCCAGCUUUGGACCUGGCUGACCUGGGUGCGAAAUGCAGAGGCCUCAGGCACGAGGAAACAAUCCAGCGCCAAAAAGAAGGCUUGGUGGAGCUCCGGGAAAGGAUCAAGCUGCUGGAGAAGAUGCGGUCCUUGACUGUCAUGAGCAAGGCUGCUGAGCCACUCGUAGUCCAGAAGACAGACUUGCCAGAGAAGAGAGCCCAGAAAGCAGGCCUCGAGAAGGAAGCGGCACCGCUGGCGGGAGCAAAAAUGAAGUGCAGCAAGUGUCUGGGCCGUUUUCCUGACGGGUGCUCACACGUGACCGCCCACGAGACAGCAAGCUUGGAGGUGUUGGAAGCAUUAGACCUCGGGGAGAGGAUGUACCUGGACUUAAUUUGUGCUCUGGGAAGUCUGAUGAAUAUGGAGGAGCUGGCAGGAAUGCAGUCUGUGCAGCAUCUUCCCCAGGAAGAGAGGGAAAAAGUAGGGCAACAGAGACGGAAGGACUUCGAGCUGUUGUACGAGAAAAUCAGCAAGCUCAAGAGUCGCCUGGAAAAGAAAGAGGAAUUGCUCAAAGACUACGAGGCCCGCAUCGAGCAGCUCAGGCUGAAUGAGGAGUCCUUGCAAACGUGCCAGGAGGAGAUGUUGAAACUGGAAGAUGAAGUCUACAGGGAAGCAGAAGAGAAAGCUCUGCUAAGAGAGGCUCUGGAGAGGACCCAGGUCCAGCUGGGGCAGGAGAAGAGGCUGAAUCGAGCGGUGAAGCAGCGCAAGAGCAUUGAAGAGGACAAGGAGAAAAGAAAGGAGAAGGUGCCUCCUGGCUGUGCCCACUCUUCCAGAGGACGAGGCGGGAAGCUUGGACCCCAGCCAUCGGUGCCAGCAAAGCUGAAGACCAAGGAAUGCCCAGCAGAACUGUCAGAGGUGACGGGUGGCACAUAGGAGUGCCACCCCAUGGGCCUUUUGCUCACAGAGGAGAAUGGCAGGAACGCGCCAUUGCGUGUAGGACUCGGGUUUGGGUACAGCACCAGGUGGGCAGGUGGUUGGAAGAACCUGUGCGAGAGGAUCCCGUGGUGUCCGCUGGGACUACUGGAGGGACUGUGAAGCAACACAGGGCCUUGGAAGUCCUGCAGGACUUGUACCACAGCACACGGUGCGGUUUGUAGAAGAGAAAAGGUGGUGUGAAUACAGCCUGGUGAGCGCGUG